AUAUUUAUUUAUGUGUUUCGACUCAAUUUGGGUGAACGUGAAGUGGAAAAUAUAAAACUGAGUGCCAAAAGUGUACGAGACACAUUAUGGGCUAGUUAAUAAAAGCUCUCUGAUAUACAAACAAUAUCAAAGUUGGAUGCAGCAGGAGUUCUGCUGUUUUAUUUUCUACAUUGACCAAUGACUCAUGACUCGUAAAUUUCACCCUAGAUCUCCUCCCAGGGAUCCGUCGACUAACGCAACAGUCGCUUUCAACCACUCGCAGUCCGUCAACUCCUCUCCAUCCCCAUCGCCCUCCUUCCCACGACGAAAUUUCCCCCACUCUUCCUCCUCCCCCAGGCUCCAUCGUUCCUCUGCCACCACGUCCGGUGGUCUCGCUCCUCAUCAAAAUCCAGUGACACACCAUCAUCAUAUCCUGGUGACACAACGUGGUCAAGGGGGUGGUCCUUCUGGUAGGGUAGUCACUGCCGUUGCCUUCUCAUCGGUCCAUCAUCGUAACUUGUACAUUGCGUCGAGGCCGCUUGUCCUCGUGUUCGACCUGGCAGGGGUAGCGUUACACCAAUUCUUUCUGCUCCUGAGGACUUUACUAUUACUCAUAUGGAACCCACUAUCUUCAAUUUGGAAUCGUAGACUAAGGAGGUCACAAGAAACUUCAUUGGGAACAACAGAGGAAAUGAGUGGCCCCUAUGCUUUGAAAGGGGGUCCUGGACUUACAGAUCCAUCCUUAGCGAGACAAAAACAUCAUCAUCGGAAAGCAUUUGAAUUUAUAUCUAAAGCACUUAGAAUAGACGAGGAUGACAUAACAGUCAACAAAGAUGCGGCCAUCGACUUGUAUAGAAAUGGGAUUGCUGAACUAGAAAAAGGAAUAGAAAUCCAGGUGCUUGGGAAUGGAGAACAAUGGGCUAAAGCUCAAAGAAUACAGGAAAAAAUGAUUACGAAUCUCGCAAUGGCAAAGGAGCGGCUGGAAUUCCUUACGCACAGUGAAAUGACGAAUGAGCAGCCGUUACUAAACUUUAACUUUGGUUCACCAUUUUUGGCACCAACACAGGGACAGCAGUUGAGCGAAAACCAUCCUACGUGUAAUAAAAGAGAGCCUAUUUCGUUUAGAAAACCUGCAGACUUAGGGAGUAACAGACUUUUAAACAACACGGCUAGUAGAUUAAAGAACUUGAUGGGAAUUAGCACUACUCCAGGAUCUUCGACAGGCCCUCAAAAUGUUAACCCUCCCAAUAAGAUUCCUGCUUCAGGAAAUGCCUCAGCAGGUUUCAGCAGCGUUAACAACCGAAAAGGCGAAAUGGCAUCACGACAAGCAUGGGGAGGUGUUGCUGCUGGAGGUGGAAGUCUUGGAAAGAGCAAUACGCUUCCGAGGAGUAUGGGAUUAAAAGGACCCAACGCUGCUGUUUUGGCGAAUCGAGGCAAACCUGCAGCACCUCAACCAUACAAGAAAGUUGGUGCGGGAGCAAUCAGUUCUACUAACCCCCGGAGACCGGGCGUUGGAACAAACCCAACCAAACCAGAGACAAGGAAACCCCAUUCCAUUCGUUCUUGUGAUACUAAACUCGCCCAACUUAUUUUGGAUGAAGUCAUUGAAGGAGGAUCUGCUACUACGUGGGAUGACAUAUCUGGAAAUGAGAGUGCUAAACAGGCAUUAGAGGAAAUCGUGAUACUUCCUUCACUCCGACCAGAACUCUUUACCGGAUUAAGGGCUCCUGCUCGUGGGUUGUUACUUUUUGGACCACCUGGAAAUGGAAAAACGAUGUUAGCAAAAGCUGUAGCGCAUGAAUCAAAUGCUACGUUUUUCAACAUUAGUGCUUCUAGUCUCACAUCAAAAUAUGUUGGAGAAGGUGAAAAACUGGUUAGAGCAUUAUUUAGUGUGGCAAGAGAGUUGCAGCCCGCUAUAAUAUUUGUCGACGAAGUCGAUUCGUUGUUGUGCGAGCGUAAAGAGUCAGAGCAUGAAGCUAGUCGUCGUUUGAAAACCGAAUUCUUAGUUGAGUUUGAUGGUUUACAUUCGCAAGCGGAAGAAAGGAUACUUGUCAUGGGUGCUACAAAUCGACCCCAAGAAUUGGAUGAUGCUGCUUUAAGGCGCUUCCCUAAGAGAAUUUAUGUUUCUCUUCCCGACCCGAAAACCCGUGUUCAACUGUUGAAACGUCUUUUGUCUACACAUGGAGAUCCACUCUCCGAAAGAGAAUUGAAUGAAUUGGCCACACUUACUGAUGGCUAUUCAGGCUCGGAUUUGACUGCAUUGGCAAAAGAUGCAGCAUUAGGUCCAAUUAGAGGCGUAACAUCAGAGCAACUAAAGAACAUAGAUAUUGAAAAUGUGAGAAAAAUUACAAUUCACGAUUUUAAAGAAUCCUUAAAGAAGGUCCGACCGAGCACGUCUCCUCAAUUGCUACGAUCUCUAGAAGUUUGGAAUAAAUCUUACGGCGAUGUGAGCUGUUAAGCUCAGUUGGUACAAAUAUUGAAAUUCAUUAUAAUCAGGUUGCGAACAACACUAGUAAUAUUCAAUCACUCAUGAAACAACACUGUGCUCUGUACAUUGCUCUUACUUUAGUUAAUAUCAUUCCUAAUUUCCACUUUAAUUCUUAAUUAACCAAACACUGUGACAUUGCAUCAGUAUAUUUAAAUAAUUUGUGUACUCAGUUACUCUAAUAUAAUGUACUGUAUUGCGUGUGUGCAUGCACUCAAGUAUGAAGUGUCCGUUUAUAAAAGAAAAUUGUCAUGUCUCUAUACUCGUGCCAUAUUAUAUCAUUCAUAUGCAAGUAAGGCUACUUAUCUUCAUCAUAAUAAUUAUACGCAAUAUAUUGAUAUUAAAUACUUUGCAAAAAUUACUAAAAACUUACUAUAAUAACACCACAACAUAUGACGAGAACAAUGUUGGAAAAAGUGCAAGUUUUUUUAAAUCUUGGUGAUAAUGUUAACUGUAGUUGUACUGACUUGUAUAUAUAAACUGUAAUAAUUAUAGUAAGCGUGCGAUUAUUGCCUUUA